GUACCUUGCAUGUGCUUGCGUCCUGCCCUUUGGUCGAUGCAUCGGUACAGAGCCCCACCCAUCAGGGUUUAAGCAGUUUAGCCGUGUUCACCUCCACACCGCGGAGAGGAUAUUUUUUGAAAAAGUCAUUCGGUGACUGACGUUUUUCUCUCUCCGACGACUGGGCUGGAAGGACCUUGACGAAGUGAGCAUCGUGGAGCACAGGACGCAGCGCAGUAGACGUGGUCCGUCAAAAACUAAUAUUCUCGUGCAAACCCCCUUCCUCCCGACCAACCGCAGGACAACAUGGGACACAAGUCCGAGACCACGGCGAAAUGCCUGCUGUUCGACAUGGACGGGACGCUGAUAGAUUCUACACCUGCUGUUGAUUCUGUCUGGGAAGCUAUAGCCAAGAAAUAUGACCUAGAUUUGAAAGAAGUCUUGAAAACGUGCCACGGUAGACGGACAGUGGACAGCUUGAAAAAGUGGUGUGGCAUAACGGAUCCUGAGGAGCUAGAGAAAGAAGUGAACCAUUUCGAAUCUAUGAUUGUGACAAGAUCAAAGGAACUCAAAGAUGAAGGCAAGAGAGGUUUAGAGAUUCUUCCUGGAGUCAAGGAGAUGCUGGAGACCCUCAACGACUCGCAUAAGCCGAUAUGGGCAAUCUGCACGUCAGCGACGUCGGCUUACGCUGGCGAUGCCAUACCAUCCACUGGUCUGCCAAAACCGCCACAUCUCAUCACGGCCGAGGACGUCCACGAGGGCAAACCUGAUCCUGCCCCUUACAUAGCCGGCGCAAAGGCCCUAGACGUGGAAUGCAAGGACUGUAUCGUCUUCGAGGACGCGCCGUCAGGGAUCAAAUCGGGUGUGAAUUCUGGUGCAAGGGUCUUGGCCGUUUGUACCUCGCACAAGAGAGAUCAAAUUGAGAAUCUGGGAGCAGAAUGGAUCGUGACGGAUCUGACCAAGGUCAAAAUCCGUGUCGAAGAUAGCAUAGUUCAUCUGGAGAUUGACGAGACGCCAUAAGAUUCGCUCCGUUUUCCAGAUUGACGCCAACACCAAUAUGACCAGUUUACAUUGACAUUGCAUGUAUAAAUCCAAG